UCCCCUUCCGAACGCCCGCGCCGCGCGUGCGCACUGCGCGCCGUCGGGCUCCGUUUGUUUGAACAGGAAGGCGGACAUAUUAGUCCCUCUGAGCCUUCCUCGCCCCACCCCCCAGGCAUUCGCCUCCGCGACUCGCCCUUUUCCCAGCUCGGUCCGCGGCCCCUCCCAAAAGGUCCCGCAUCAGCAGCCGCACGGACCCUACGGUCGUCUUCCUCACCGGCCCGCUCCAGCCCGUCUUCCCCUGAGACUCCAUCGGGCCACCGACCUCGCCUUGCCCGGCCGGACACCGCGUUAGCAGCGCCAGCAGCGACCGGAUAAAAUGGGAGCGUGAGCCUGUUCUGUGGGGACCAGCUCUUGGCCGAGGCUAAUCUGUGCGUGGUGCCGGGCCGAGUGGAACCGGGGAUGCAGGGCUAGACUGCCUUUAGCGCCUCAGAGCGGAGCGGGGCCGGCCCGGGGCCCAGGCGGCGGCGGCGGCGGCGGCGGCAGCUGGCGCAGCUUCUCACCCGCCCUUCGCUUUCGCCUUUCCUCCUCGCUCUCCCUGGCUGCCCCGAGGGAGUCUCCACCCUGCUGUGCUCCCUCUUCCCGCCGCUGCCCUUCUCUGAACUGGGCCCCGCCAUGGCGAAGGCAGCCGGGGCCCGCUAGGCUGAGGUGCCUCGCCGGAGCGACCAGGCUGCUGGCGACGGCGCUGUCGGCUGUCGCGAGGGGCUGCCAGGUGGGAUGCGACUUUGGGUGUCCGAGCGGCUGCGGGUCGCUGUCACCCCCAGCCUGGGGUCUGGAGAGCAGAGGUCCCCUCAGUGAGGGGGAGGAGGGGGAACCGGGAGCACCUGGUGACCCCGAAGUUCCGGCUCCUCUGCCCGGCGGCUACCAACCCACGGCGGAGGAAGUUGGUUGAACUUGCUUUCCGCUGCGGGUACGGAGGUAUCCUCACAAGUAGCAGCAUCAUGUCGACUGGGGACAGUUUUGAGACUCGGUUUGAAAAAAUCGACAACCUGCUGCGGGAUCCCAAAUCGGAAGUGAAUUCAGAUUGUUUGCUGGAUGGAUUGGAUGCUUUGGUUUAUGAUUUGGAUUUUCCUGCCUUAAGAAAAAACAAAAAUAUCGACAACUUUCUAAGCAGGUAUAAAGACACAAUAAAUAAAAUUAGAGAUUUGCGGAUGAAAGCUGAAGAUUAUGAAGUAGUAAAGGUAAUCGGCAGAGGUGCAUUUGGAGAAGUUCAAUUGGUAAGGCAUAAAUCCACCAGGAAGGUUUACGCUAUGAAGCUUCUCAGCAAAUUUGAAAUGAUUAAGAGAUCUGAUUCUGCUUUUUUCUGGGAAGAAAGGGACAUCAUGGCGUUUGCCAAUAGUCCUUGGGUUGUUCAGCUUUUUUAUGCAUUCCAAGAUGACCGGUAUCUCUACAUGGUGAUGGAGUACAUGCCUGGUGGGGACCUUGUAAACCUGAUGAGCAACUAUGAUGUACCUGAAAAGUGGGCCCGAUUCUACACUGCAGAAGUAGUUCUUGCAUUGGAUGCAAUCCAUUCCAUGGGUUUUAUUCAUAGAGAUGUAAAGCCUGAUAACAUGCUGCUGGAUAAGUCUGGACAUUUGAAGUUAGCAGAUUUUGGUACUUGUAUGAAGAUGAAUAAGGAAGGUAUGGUACGAUGUGAUACAGCAGUGGGAACACCUGAUUAUAUUUCACCUGAAGUAUUAAAAUCCCAAGGUGGCGAUGGCUAUUAUGGACGAGAGUGUGAUUGGUGGUCAGUUGGGGUAUUUUUAUAUGAAAUGCUUGUAGGUGAUACACCUUUUUAUGCAGAUUCUUUGGUUGGGACUUACAGUAAAAUUAUGAACCAUAAAAAUUCACUUACUUUCCCUGAUGAUAAUGACAUAUCAAAAGAGGCAAAAAAUCUCAUUUGUGCCUUUCUUACGGACAGAGAAGUGAGAUUGGGCAGAAAUGGUGUAGAAGAAAUCAAACGUCAUCUCUUCUUCAAAAAUGAUCAGUGGGCUUGGGAAACGCUUCGAGACACUGUAGCACCAGUUGUGCCUGAUUUAAGUAGUGACAUUGAUACUAGUAAUUUUGAUGACUUAGAAGAAGAUAAAGGAGAUGAAGAAACAUUUCCUAUUCCUAAAGCUUUUGUUGGCAAUCAGCUACCUUUUGUAGGAUUUACAUAUUAUAGCAAUCGUAGAUACUUACCUUCAGCAAAUCCCAGUGAGAACAGAUCUAGCUCAAAUGUGGAUAAAAGCUUGCAGGAAAGUUUACAGAAAACAAUCUACAAGCUUGAAGAACAACUGCAUAAUGAAAUGCAAUUAAAAGAUGAAAUGGAGCAGAAAUGCAGAACUUCAAACUUAAAACUAGACAAGAUAAUGAAAGAAUUGGAUGAAGAGGGGAAUCAAAGAAGAAAUCUAGAAUCUGCGGUGUCUCAAAUUGAGAAAGAAAAGAUGUUGCUACAACAUAGAAUUAAUGAGUACCAAAGAAAAGUGGAACAGGAAAAUGAGAAGAGAAGAAAUGUAGAAAAUGAAGUUUCUACACUAAAGGACCAGUUGGAAGACUUACGGAAAGCCAAUCAGAGCUCACAGCUUGCUAAUGAGAAGGUGACACAGUUACAGAAGCAGUUAGAAGAAGCGAAUGACUUACUUAGGACAGAAUCAGACACAGCUGUCAGAUUAAGGAAGAAUCACACAGAGAUGAGCAAGACAAUUAGUCAGCUAGAGUCCCUGAACAGAGAAUUACAGGAAAGAAACAGAAUUUUAGAGAAUUCCAAGUCACAAGCAGACAAGGAUUACUACCAGCUGCAAGCUGUAUUGGAAGCUGAGCGAAGAGACAGAGGGCAUGAUUCUGAGAUGAUUGGAGACCUUCAAGCACGAAUUACAUCUUUACAAGAAGAGGUGAAGCAUCUCAAACAUAAUCUUGAAAGAGUGGAAGGAGAAAGAAAAGAGGCUCAAGACAUGCUUAAUCAUUCAGAAAAGGAAAAGAAUAAUUUGGAGAUAGAUUUGAACUACAAGCUCAAGUCUGUACAGCAGAGGUUAGAACAAGAAGUAAAUGAACACAAAGUAACCAAAGCACGGCUAACUGACAAGCACCAGUCUAUUGAAGAGGCAAAGUCUGUUGCCAUGUGUGAAAUGGAAAAAAAGCUGAAGGAAGAGAGAGAAGCUCGAGAGAAGGCUGAAAAUAGAGUUGUUGAGACUGAGAAACAGUGUUCUAUGCUAGAUGUUGACCUGAAACAGUCUCAGCAGAAGCUGGAACAUUUGACUGAAAAUAAAGAAAGGAUAGAGGAUGAAGUUAAGAAUCUCACCCUGCAGCUGGAACAGGAAUCAAAUAAACGGCUCUUGUUACAGAAUGAAUUGAAGACUCAAGCAUUUGAAGCAGACAAUUUAAAAGGUUUAGAAAAACAGAUGAAACAGGAAAUAAAUACUUUAUUGGAAGCAAAAAGAUUGUUAGAAUUUGAGUUAGCUCAGCUUACAAAGCAAUACAGAGGAAAUGAAGGGCAAAUGCGGGAAUUACAAGAUCAACUUGAAGCUGAGCAGUAUUUUUCUACACUUUAUAAAACCCAGGUAAAGGAACUUAAAGAAGAAAUGGAAGAAAAAAACAGAGAAAAUUUAAGAAAAAUACAGGAGCUGCAAAGUGAAAAAGAAACUCUUUCUACUCAGUUGGAUUUAGCAGAGACAAAAGCUGAGUCUGAGCAGUUGGCUCGAGGAAUUCUGGAAGAACAGUAUUUUGAGUUGACUCAAGAAAGCAAGAAAGCUGCUUCAAGAAAUAGACAAGAGAUUACAGAUAAAGAUCAUACUGUUAGUCGGCUUGAAGAAACAAACAAUGUGCUAACCAAAGAUAUUGAAAGACUAAGAAAAGAAAAUGAAGAGCUAAAUGAAAGAAUGAGGACAGCAGAAGAAGAAUAUAAAUUGAAGAUGGAGGAAGAAAUAAAUAAUCUUAAGGCUGCCUUUGAAAAGAAUAUCAGUACCGAACGGACCCUUAAAACACAGGCUGUUAACAAGUUGGCAGAAAUAAUGAAUCGCAAAGAUUUUAAAAUUGAUAGGAAGAAAGCUAAUACUCAAGAUUUGAGAAAAAAAGAAAAGGAAAAUAGAAAGCUACAACUGGAACUUAACCAAGAAAGAGAAAAAUUUAACCAGAUGGUGGUGAAACACCAGAAAGAGCUGAACGACAUGCAAGCGCAAUUGGUAGAAGAAUGUACACAUAGAAAUGAACUUCAAAUGCAGUUGGCUAGCAAAGAGAGUGAUAUUGAGCAGUUGCGUGCAAAGCUUUUGGACCUUUCGGAUUCAACUAGUGUUGCUAGUUUUCCUAGUGCUGAUGAGACUGAUGGAAACCUUCCAGAGUCAAGAAUUGAAGGUUGGCUUUCUGUACCAAAUAGAGGAAAUAUCAAAAGAUACGGCUGGAAGAAACAGUAUGUUGUGGUAAGCAGCAAGAAAAUCUUGUUCUAUAAUGAUGAACAAGAUAAGGAACAAUCCAGUCCAUCUAUGGUGUUGGACAUAGAUAAACUAUUUCAUGUCCGACCUGUAACCCAAGGAGAUGUGUACAGAGCUGAAACUGAAGAAAUUCCUAAAAUAUUCCAGAUACUAUAUGCAAAUGAAGGUGAAUGUAGAAAAGAUAUAGAAGUGGAACCGGUUCAACAAGGUGAAAAAACUAAUUUCCAGAAUCACAAAGGCCAUGAAUUCAUUCCUACUCUCUACCACUUUCCUGCCAACUGUGAGGCUUGUGCCAAACCUCUGUGGCAUGUCUUUAAGCCACCACCUGCCCUAGAAUGUCGAAGAUGUCAUGUGAAGUGCCACAAGGACCAUCUAGACAAGAAAGAGGACUUGAUUUCCCCGUGCAAAGUAAGUUACGAUGUAACAUCAGCAAGAGAUAUGCUGCUGUUAGCAUGUUCUCAGGAUGAACAAAAAAAAUGGGUAACUCAUCUAGUAAAGAAGAUUCCUAAGAACCCACCAUCUGGCUUUGUCCGUGCUUCUCCUCGAACGCUGUCAACAAGAUCCACUGCAAAUCAGUCUUUCCGGAAAGUAGUCAAAAAUACAUCUGGAAAAACUAGUUAACCAUGUGACCUACUGCUGUGUUGGAAUCAAUGUUGGGAUGCUACCUGAUAAAACAGGCUGUUAACUGUGUGGAGCAGACAGGCUGUUUCUUUUGACACAAAUACCACAGGCUUUUCAGGGUUAAGAUUGCUGUUAUUCUGUCCUUGUUUUGACACAAAAAGCACACUGAGGAUUGUUUUGUUUUUUUCUUGCGGGUUUGCCUACAGGUAGAUUAGAGUAAUUAUUACUAUGUAAUGCAAGUACAAUUGGGGAAAGCUUUGCUAGAUAGGUUUUUAAGGUGCUGCCUUUUUGAAUUUAUAAGGAAAUGCCUGUCAGUCAUGAUAGAACAGUUUUCCUCGUCUGAACAAGAGGAAGGAACUUUCACUGUCAGUGGAAUGGCCAUCACUAUCAAGAUCAGAUCGUGGAAGGAGUAAAGAACAUAUCUCAAAAUGAGACAAGUUUUUUCUGUUUUGUUUUGUUUUUAAUAACUAAGUUUUUUGUGCUCUUGCAAGACUAUUCAGAAAUAUUUUUAAGAACACAGUGAUGUCACUUGAAGCUCAGUGUCCUUACUGUAGAAUUAAAAGCCUUACUGUCAAUUGCCCACAGUGGGCUCUAUGGAGAAAUUAAAUAUCUUGCAUUAUGCUUUACAAAAUAUUGUAUAUGUUUCAGCAAGUUUGUAGAUUGGGGACUGGGAGAAGAUGAAAGAAUUACAUUUAAUCUAUGCAUUUUGCCAAGCCAUAUCGAUUUAUUUUACUACUAGAGACAUAAAGAACUAACUGUACAAGAGAACCAAGUUUAAAAGCAUUUUGUGGGGUACAUCAUUUCUGUAAUUAUAUAAUGUAUUUCUUUGUGGUUUUAAGUGAAAAGACAUUAAGUUAACAUAUAAAAAUGUAUGCACUGUUUGAAAUGUAAAUUAUUCUUAGAACACUUUCAGUGGGAGUUGCAUUACCCUAUUAGUGCCUUAAUUUGAGAGAAUUUCUUUACUGCCAUAAUACAUAAGUACAGACUUUUCAGAAAACAGAUUUUACAAAAAAUUAUGUGUUUUUCAUUGGUAAUUGGUUUAAUUUAAAAUAUAGAAGUUUGCCAGACUUUUAUAAAUUGAGUACAACCUUUGUACCAAACUACCUGCUACAAUAAUGAAACUAUCUGCAAAAACAUAUACAGUUGCACCAAUAGUAAAGAAUUAUGAAAUAUAUCCAUGAUGUUUUCCAAUUAAUAUAGGAAUUACCAUAUAAAUACUGUUCAACUCUCCUCUGGUAACAAGAGUUGAUGUGUAUGGGCAGUGUGAUUUAUUGUUUAUUUUUUUAACCAAAUACCUCCUCAGUAAUUUAUAAUGGCUUUGCAGUAAUGUGUAUCAAAUAAGCACUGGAAAACCAAUCUUCUCUAGGGUUAUAUGCAUGUUUCAAGUGGUAUUGAAAGCCGCACUGAUGGAUAUGUAAUAAUAAACAUAUCUGUUAUUAAUAUGCUAAUGGCUCUGUGCUCAUUUGAUGAGAAAUAAAAUAAUUUAUGGAUAGGUAACUUU